CCGAGCACGACACCGUCUUCUUCCUCUCCUUUUCUUCCUCUCCCCUUCCAUCAGCCCGCCCGCACAGCUCCACCGGCGACCGCGGGACAAAAAGGGCAUUCACCCGGAUCCCACAACCACCAUGUUCGCCUGGAAGCGGCAAUUCUCCACCGCCAGCACCCUCCUCAAAAACACCACGACGACGACCACAACCGGCACAAUGGCCCAACCCUCCUCCUCGUUCCAAGUCUUCCGCUCCGUCCCGCCGCUCCGACACCUCCGGCGCGAACUGCUCCUCUCGAACCGCACCGUCGGCUUCGUCCCCACCAUGGGCGCCCUCCACGAAGGCCACCUAAGCCUGAUCCGACAAGCGGCGCGCGAGAACACCGACGUGUUCGUGAGUAUCUUCGUCAACCCGACGCAAUUCGGGGUCAACGAGGACCUAGCCAGCUACCCGCGGACCUGGGACAGCGACGUCGCGAAGCUCGAGGAACUGAAUGCGGAGCUGGCGCAGCAGACCACCAGCAGCAGCAGCAGCAGCAACAACAACAGCAACAAUGCGAAGACCCCCGGCCGCAUCACGGCCAUCCUGGCCCCGACCGCUCAAGUGAUGUACCCCACGCUCCCGCCGUCGUCCGAGAUAAACGGCGACGGAUCGUUCGUGACCAUCCUCCCGAUAUCCAAGAAGCUGGAGGGGGCGUCCAGGCCGGUCUUCUUCCGGGGCGUGGCGACGGUGUGCAUGAAGCUGUUCAACAUCGUCGGCGCGGAGCGGGCGUAUUUCGGCCAGAAGGACGUGCAGCAGACGGUCGUGAUUAAGCGGAUGGUGCAGGAUUUCCACAUCGACACGGAGAUCCGCAUUGGGGCGACGGUGCGCGAGGCGGACGGGCUGGCGAUGAGCUCGCGGAAUGUGUAUCUGGGGGAGAGGAGACGGGGGGUGGGCCUGGUGCUGUAUACGGCGUUGAAGGCGGCGGAGGAGGCGUAUCUGGCUGGGCAGGUGGGGAGGGCCGAGGUGCUGGAUGCGGCGCGGGGGGUGGCGCAGAAGGUGUUGGAGGAACAGCAGGCCUUGGGCCCGACGGAGCGCGCGCUGUUUGAGGUCGAUUAUAUUUCGCUGGCGGAUCCGGAUUCGCUCGAGGAGUUGGAGGUGAUUGAUCCGGCCAAGGGGGCCAUUCUGAGUGGUGCGUUGAAGAUGGCGCCGUUGGAGGAGGCGAGGGCUGGCGAGGAUACUGGGCUGGGCGAGGGCAAGGUGCCCGUUCGGUUGAUUGAUAAUUUGAUCUUCACGCCGCGCGUCUAG